AUGAUGCAGCAGGAGCAAGACAUUCGCGACAUCUCAGUUACAUGGAGGACAAAUAAGUUUGUUCUUAAGAUGCGUUCAGAUGCUAGUCUGAAAGACUUGGGACACAACUUGCAGGAAUUGACGGGUGUGGAAGCAGAUACCAUGCGCCUCAUUGUACCUUCCAAUAAAAGUUCAAAACUGCUUUCUCCUUUCUCCGAUGAGCACUCUUUUCUAAGUUUGCAAGAAGCAUCUGCAUUUGAGGGGAAAUCUAUAAGGAUGAUGGGAGUGCCAAAAGAUGAGGUGGAUGAAGUUAUACAAAAUGCUAAGACGGACCUGAGGAUAGCUGGAUUUGACGAAGAAGAUAAGAGACUGAGGCAAAGAAUGCUCGAUAGGCCCCACACUUCUAUGAAACUUCCGCAAGGAACUUACAUUUUUUGUGACUUUCGCACUCUUCAUAUUCCAGGAAUAGAGUUAAAUCCUCCAGCUUCACAGGCACUGAAACUAAUGCAUAUGCUUGCUGCAGAUCCAGGAAUCAUUGCUAUUAUGAAUAAGCAUCGUUGGAGGGUAGGAAUCAUGACAGAGAUGGCCCCUGUUGGUUAUGUCGGUGUGAGCCCCAAAUGCAUUCUUGGUUUCAACAAGAAUCAUGGGGAGGAAAUAUCUCUGCGUCUUCGAACUGAUGACCUCAAGGGUUUCAGGAAAUAUGAGAGCAUCAAGAAAACUCUUUUGCAUGAACUUGCACACAUGGUAUUUUCUGAACAUGAUGCAAACUUCUAUGCUCUAGAUAAACAGCUUAAUCAAGAAGCCGCUACUCUAGAUUGGACAAAAUCAAGAAGCCACUCCCUGAGUGGAGUGAAGUAUUCAGAACACUUUGAAGAGGAGUUUAAUGUUGAUAGUCAUAGUAGUUUAUCACGAAAGCUUGGGGGAGAGGCAUCAGAUCAGCUAGCUAAUGCUCGUGCAUCUUCAGUGGCUGCUGCCUAUCGCCGUGUAGCAAACACCUCUGCCCACUCGUUUGAAACAUCUGGUGUACGUGAAGAACCUGACCCUGAUGAUUCUGGGUCUGAUAUUCAUAAAGAAUCUGAGUGCAUGGAUUUUGUAAGGAAGGAGGUGAAUAUUAUGCCAACAACCAAGGCCCGUUGGAGACUCGAUGGUGAGCCAGAUCCUGAUGAUAGUGAGAGCAGUGGUGCCAUGGAAUUCGAACCUUAUUCAAGAUUGAGUGAAAGCAGAACCAUGGCAGAACCAGAUCCAGAUGAUUCUGAAAUGGCACUGUUUGUGCCUCCUUUGAUGACUGACAUGGAGAUUGCACAAAAUAAGCCUUGGGAAGAACCUGAUCCUGAUGAUUUGGAGGUUUCUUUAAAGAAUGGAGUUGUGAUUGAGACUGUGGACAGUCGUAUUCAGCCAUGGAAGAUCAAUCAUGAACCUGAUACCGAUGAGUCUGGAGCAGGACAGAACAAUACAAGGUUUGGAAACAUAGCUAAACCUGUUCAGGACUCUCUUGUUAUUGAAACCUUGGAAAAUAAAAUGCAACUGAACGAGGCUUGCAAAGAACCUGAUGCGGAUGAUCCACCAGCAAAUGGAAUCAUGCGAUCAGAGCCUGAUCCUGAUGAUGAUAUGGUAGCUCCCCAGGGUAUUUCCGGAAGGCAGGAUGUUGAGCCUGAUCCAGAUGAUCAAGAAUUACAGAGAAUCCAAGACCCUGUUGCAGUUGUUUGUGGUCGUCUGCAGAAGGCCAUUGAGAUGCUGAGAUCAGAAGUGCAUCCCUCAGAGGCUGCUACAGUCCUGCAAACCCUUUUUAAGAUAAUCCGGAACGUGAUUGAACACCCAGAUGAGAUAAAAUUCAAAAGACUUCGAAAGUUAUUUUUAUUGAUGGUCAAUGUACUUCAGGCUAAUCCCAGAAUCCAAAGGGAUGUUGUGAAUUAUAAAGCUGCCCUGGAAAUUCUUACCCUAAUUGGUUUCAACGAAGACGUUGUGUUGGAUGAAAUUGGAAAGGCUGAAACAUAUCUAGUCUUAAAGCGGAACGAUCCGGGUUUGCUGUGGCUUGCCAAAUCCUCUCUGGAGACAUGCAUUGCUUAUUAGAUGGACAUUGUAGUAAUGUUUGUGACAUAAUGUGGAAGCUAUUAUUAGGUGAGGAACAAAGAAAGAGUGAAGAACAUCUAAUGAUGUGUAGUCAUUGUGUGUGCAGUGUGUUUCAUGUAAUUUGAUGAUAAAUUGCUGAUAUUUGUACCAUAUUAUGUGAACAUUAAAUGAAAGACGGGUUGAUUUGGAAAUUCUUUUGUAUGAGAAUAAUG